AUGGCAACGAUCACAAGGCCCGAUGAGCGUCCAGUCGUAGUCAUCACCGGCUGUUCCUCCGGCAUUGGAAGAGCCCUCGCCAUUCAAUUCGCAAAGUAUCAAGAAUGUACCCACUACCACGUCUUUGCGACUGCUCGUGACGUUGAGACACUCCGUGACUUGCCGCCUCAAAUCGAGAGGGUACAGCUAGAUGUAACGGAUGACGCCUCCACCAAUGAAUGCGUCGAAAGUAUCCUUGCCCAAGUAGGCCGAAUCGACAUUCUUGUGAACAACGCCGGCACAAACACAGCCGUAGGCCCGACAGUCGAGGUAGACUUGGAUCGCUACCGCUCCACAAUGGAAGUCAACUACUUCGGCCUAAUCAGAAUCACAUCGGCCGUCUCACGUCAUAUGAUAUCCCGUCGUUCCGGCCGCAUCAUCAAUAUUGGCAGUACAGUCGGUCUUGUCCCUCUCCCUUAUGCCGCGGCGUAUUGCUCAAGUAAAGCAGCGGUACAUUCUUACAGUGAGGCGCUCAGGAUGGAGCUCGCAGGAUUUGGAGUUCAGGUCAGCAUCGUCUCGCCUGGAGCAAUCAAGAGUAGCUUUGGAGAGAGGGGAGCGCAAGGCAUCGUAUUGGCAAAGGAUAGCAAUUACGCCUCGGUACAGGACAUGGUCAAAUAUCGAGCCAACUACUCUCAAGUCGGAAGGCCAGCCCCGACCCCAGCGGAAGAUUUUGCCUGGGAGAUUAUAUCCAAAGUCGCUCUCCCUGCCUACGCGCCCGUCUACUUUGUCGGUGGCAGUCGUAGUCUGAUGGUAAAGCUUCUCUUCUACCUUCCGGCUUGGAUGCGUAUGUGGUUGAUUGGAAAGAUGUUUCAGCUGAACAGGGUAGGAAGGGCUUAG